UAGCUAGGGUUGGGACGGAGAAAGAACAACGGAGAUAGCGAGAGAGAAUUGAGAGAGAGAGAGAUGGUAGGAAGGGAAUACGAUUUGAUCGGGAACCCGGUGGGAGCAGUGAGGUCGACGUUCGAGAAAGCCAUGAGAGCGGGGGAGCCCCCAUUUCUGGUCGACGGAAAAGACUGGGGAGCCACUCAGCUCUUCCGCCAAUUCCUCUUUGAUCAACCAUCACCUCCUUCUAUGAGUUCAAUUCCCAUACUUGACCGUACAACUCUCCCUCACCUUCAACCCAAUACACUCGUUCGUUAUCGAGGAAUGAUUCAAGACAUGCUCGGUAAUGAGUUCUAUGUCGGCGCUCACAAGGAUGGUGGAACUUGGACAACCAACAAGUUCACUGACGUUUCUCAUCUUCCUUCUGAGGCUUUGUCUGAUUCUCGCAUUUGGGAGCGUAGAUUGCUCUACUGUGUUCCCGUACCAGGUCAGAAUAUAUGGGCCGAAACCUAUUCUGAUUUUGUGACGAGUCCUUGUUUGAAUAAUACGUCUCCACACGGGGAAAAGCGUCAGAGGGAAGAUUGUGCUGACAUGGAUAUCCAAGCAUCAGAUCAAGACUUUCAGGAUUCUACUUGUAUGAAAAAGAUGCGAGAGAACAUGCACUCUUCCCAGUUAUGUCCGAAAGAGCGUAUUUCGGAGGGAUCUACUUCUAAUUCCGACAUGGUGCCUAAUUUUGACAUCAAAUCUUUGCCUUGUGUAGUUAAGAUAUAUGACACUCCGGAGUCUGAAUUGAAGCUGAAUGACGUUAUUGAGUUUGUUGGUCUUCUUACUUUUGAUCCGAAGCUUGCCGCAGAUGAUGAUACUUUUGAUGAGUUAUCGGAUGGGUUGUGUGAGGAUGCCUUGAUUCAUCUACCUCCUAGCAAGGUACCUCGUCUUCAUUGCAUUGUACACCAGAAGCUCACUAGUCAUGACUUCCUUUCUGGUUCACUAAUAUUGGAGCCAAAAUCCAGUAUGGUGAAGGGAGUGCGGGAGUCACUUUUGGGCCAUCUUACUUCUGUUCUGGGAAAUGAUGAGCUGGCUGCUCAUUUCAUGUUACUGCACCUUUUGUCUGGGGUGCAUACUAGGGUUGGAUUGGUGGCUGUUGGCAAGUUGUCAUUGAAUCUUACUUGCUUUAAUAAGGAAAUUUUGACUGUGUUUGGAAAUCGGAUCAAAGCUGCAGUUGCAAAUCUUGUUCCCUUUACUAUGUGUAUGCCUCUUACAAUAGAUCAUUUGAACAGUGUGUCACUUGCCCCAUCUAAGGAUUACAAUACAAACAGACUGGUGCCCGGGCUUUUGCAGCUAACUGAAGGUACCCACUUAACAGUAGAUGAGACUCAGUUACAGACUGGUACUCUCAACUCUGUUGGGGUUGAGAAUAUAAGAUUGCUAAAAAUCCUGUUAGAGUCCCAGAAGGUGGACUAUGAUUUUAAGUAUUACAAAAUGGAGAUGGAAGCAGAUACUCAAGUGUUGAUUCUAUCAGAGGGGAAAUCAAACAUCUUGCCAGCUGAUGUCAUUCUGCCUUUCCGCCCACAACCCCCUCGUGUUUCUGAUUGUGUGGACAUGGAAGCACUAAAAGCUUGGAGAUGCUACUUGGCGACUUUUAGAUCGUUGCAGCAUUCUAUCGACUCAGAAAUGCAGAAGAGGGUAGAAGAUGACCUAGUUGCAGCUAGGCAAGCAAAUCGAAGCUUAGGCAGCUCAGACUUUAGCAGAUUACUAACUAUGGGGCGUCUGGUUUCAAUGAGCUUUGGUGAAACAUGCUUGUCGUUAGAACAUUGGCAAAUGGUAAAGGAAUUGGAGAGGCUGAGAUGCGAGAGGUCAAACCAAUGAAAAUAGUUGGACAUUAGUUUAGAUGUGUAAUUUGGUGCAUUAUGUAAUUCAAAAAAGAAAACGAAUACUUACAGGGCUCUAUGGUGACUUUAUGACAUCUAUGAUAAUUUUCAAGAA